AUGGGGUUUGUUAUUACGAAAAGUGACUCUUCCUUGUUCACCUACCGUCAGGGAUCUGACACAGCAUAUUUAUUACUCUAUGUUGAUGAUAUCAUCCUCACCACUUCUUCAGAUUCCUUAUGCGAGCGUAUGAUUACUCAGUUGAAGACUGAGUUCCCUAUGUCAGAUUUGGAGCCGUUGAGUUAUUUUUUGGGCAUUUCUGUUUCACGCACCCCGUCUUACAUGCUUCUUUCUCAACAGAAAUAUGCACAAGAAAUUUUAGAAUGGGCAGGUAUGAGUAAUUGUAAACCUGCAGCUACUCCUGUGGACACUAAGUCUAAACUUAGUGCCGAUUAUGGUCCACAGUUCCAAGAUCCUACUAAAUACCGCAGUCUGGCUGGUGCUCUUCAGUACCUCACUUUCACGCGCCCUGAUAUUGCUUAUGUGGUACAUCAGGUUUGUUUAUUUAUGCAUGAUCCUUGA